GGUAUUUAUUUAUUUAAAGUUCUCUCCUCUCUGUCUCUCUCCCUUCCCUUCUGUUCUCUUCUGCGGCUCACCAUUUUCAAUGGCUACUCUUAGCAUCACCGCCCCCCAUAAACUCCCUUCGCUCACCAAAUCCAUCGCAGAAUCCCAGAGACCUAACUUUCCUCCAUCUAUGCUCUCCUCCCAAGUCUUCACCAAGUCCAACCCAUUAAGCAAUUUCAGCUUUUCAACCCGUAAAAGGAGCUGUGUCAUUUGGUCGGUCACAGAGGACCGAGAAGUUGUUCCGGUGAAGGAGAAUCUUAAUAUUGUCAAGGAUGAAGAAAGCCGGUUGUUACUAAAUGGGUCUGAAGAACUUCAGCCUCUUUCUACUUCUGAGGGGAGAGAAGAGGAUGAUGAUUUUGAUAGGUUGGUUAGCAAAGCUAUCAAUGCCUCUAUUGUUCUAGGAUUUGGGACCUUCGCCGUCAGCAAGUUGCUCACCAUUGACUAUGAUUACUGGCAUGGAUGGACCCUUUAUGAGGUUCUAAGGUAUGCACCCGAACACAAUUGGAUUGCCUACGAACAAGCUCUCAAAGCAAACCCUGUUUUAGCCAAAAUGGCAAUAAGUGGGAUUGUGUAUUCUCUAGGAGAUUGGAUCGCUCAAUGUUAUGAAGGAAAGCCUCUUUUUGAGUUUGACCGGACACGCAUGUUCAGAUCGGGCCUUGUUGGGUUUACUCUCCACGGUUCCCUUUCUCAUUAUUACUACCAAUUUUGUGAGGCUCUUUUUCCAUUCGAAGAUUGGUGGGUGGUCCCUGCUAAAGUUGCCUUUGACCAAACAGUGUGGGCAGCAGUUUGGAACAGCAUCUAUUUUGUGGUUUUGGGGUUCUUACGUUUUGAAUCUCCAACCAAUAUUUUUAGUGAACUAAAGACUACAUUUUGGCCCUUGCUUACUGCUGGGUGGAAGCUUUGGCCAUUUGCCCAUCUGAUAACCUAUGGUCUUAUCCCUCUUGAACAAAGGCUUCUUUGGGUAGACUGUGUGGAGCUCAUCUGGGUUACCAUACUGUCAACUUAUUCAAAUGAGAAAUCAGAAGCACGAAUAUCUGAAGUUUCAGUGGAAGCAAACCCUUCUUCAUCCAGUAGUCCUAAGGUACAACGAACUGCUGUUACAAAGUUCCCCUAGGGCCUGCUUGAGAAUUUUUAUUCGAGGCUAAAUUUGUCUAUGGAAGCCACAUGGGGGAGAACCCAUGGAUUCUCAUAGCACAUUCACAUUGGGUCUUGUGUCCAAUUAGCCCUAGACGUUGGAUGUUUUUAUUUUCCUGGCAAGAUCUGAACAACAUAUUCUCAGGACUCUUUGAACACCAACCCCAUUGCAGCCAUUUGCCAAAGAUUUAACCUGAAAUUAACAUCUUUCCCAAUAUUAGCUACCAAAGAAAACAAACAUCUUUUGCGAUAUUAUGUCCAUCCUACAUCCUACGUUGCUAAUGUGCAAGUAUUUUUUGUUUUUUUGGGUGUUUUGGUAUGAGUAAAUGAAUUGGAAAGCAUGGUAGCAUGAUGACAGUCUUAGCAAUCAAAAGGAGUGAUCUACAAUAUCACACUUCUUAAUUCUGGAAGCCUGACAGUGGCAAUGUGAAACUGCAAAUAGAUGGACUCAUAACUAUGACCUGCCUCUGCAGUUGCUGCUGUAUACUCCGCUUAGUGGUUGUACAUUAUAUUCUUCUUCUUCUUCUUCUUCUUUCUGAGGGAGGAAGAAUUUGGGACAAACCUUUUGUACAAUUUAGUAAUGUAAAACAACAUAUUAUAUAAGCUUAGAAUUUUUUGCAAGGAUAUGUUGUGUAUUCAGUCUUCAUGUAUACCAGCUCUUCAACUUCAAGGACUAUUUCCCUCAUGAAAGCAAUAUAAUUUCAUCACUCAUGAGAUAUUUGCUACUCUAAACGGUAUUCUGCUCUUA